UCAUGAUUGGGUUGUUUUGCAGGACCAAUAACAUCUGACAACUGACAACCAAACAGAAUCUUUUUUUGACAACAGAACAUCUGACAGGAUUAAAGGAUUCUGAUACAACCCGCAACACCCAUUCCACAGGUGGCUGAUAUUUGGAAAGAGUGAUAAAGGUCCCCGGCUUCUCUCCUGCACUUUUCAGCCAGGCAACAUGGCGAGUAACCUCGUCUGGAAGUCAUGUCGUCCCCCUGUGUUUAGACAGCUGGCGUCUCUCCGGUUUGGAGCUGGAAUAAGACGUUUCUACAGCAGCGAUCCGCCACCGGAGAAUAUUAGUCGGUAUCCUGUUCCUAACAAGAAAGACCUUCCUUAUGAUAUAGUGGAUCUUAUGGAGGAAGUUGAGUCAAAGGGAGGAUUUUUGCCCAACGUCUUUAAAGUCCUCUCACAUAGACCAGCAGAGUUCAGAGCCUUCUUCGGUUACUACAAUGAACUAAUGAACAAAGAGACAGGCGGAUUGACCAAGGCAGACCGUGAGCUGAUUGUUGUCGCUACAAGUGUCCACAACAAGUGUCUUUACUGUGUGGUAUCCCACAGUGCAUUGCAUCGCAUAUACUCUAAGAAACCCACUCUUUCCGAUCAGGUGAUUGUUAAAUAUGAAAAUGCAGAGCUGUCUGCUCGGGAGCGUGCCAUGCUUGACUUUGCGAUGGCUGUGUGUCGGUGUGACACCAUAACAGAGCAACAUUUCCAGUCUUUGGAAGAAGUGGGCUUUGACCGCGAGGAUGCGUGGGACAUCGCUGCCAUCACUGCUUUCUUUGCCAUGUCCAACCGACUCGCCCACCUCACCGACAUGAGGCCUAACUUAGAGUUUUAUAACAUGGCCCGUAUGCCAAAGGACAAGAACAAGAACAAAGGAAAUGUAAAAGUAGAAUAGUGUUACAGAAAAGAUAUCAGAUGUCAAGGUGUUGUUUUUAAAAAAAAUGUUUAUGUACAGUAGAUGAAAAAAGAAGCAUGAAAGAGACACAAUAUGAGUUUGGUGUGAACCUUCUUGGGUGUGUAGAUGGGGGGGACAUGGUUUUAGUCAAAUGCUUAUUGACCUUGACAUUUAAAUGUAUUGUGGCUCUGGUUUUCUCCUGAUCACUUUGCCAUAUCUGGUAGGUAAAAUCUAAUUUUUUGCAGAAAGUUGGUCAUUACAUUAAUUGUUUGAACAAAUUUCAUAGUUGUCUUUUAUGUUUGUUUUGGUUUUUUUCCCCACUUUAUUUAUGGUGAUUUUAAACAGGUAUCAGAUAACAUUUUCACAGUUGUAUAAUGUAUAGUUACUGUAUGUAAAACACUAACAACAGACAUCUCCCACGACACGCUACUAGUUGUCUUUCAUGUUUAUGUCUUAAAACCUAAAACAAUCACAUGUCGGAAUCUCAUGUCAGCUCUUAAUUUUCUUGUUCACUUGGCAAAAUGUCUCUGUGCUAGGAUGUGUUGCACAAUGCAUUGUUACUGUGACUACUAAUAGGAGUGUAAAUAUGUUACAAGCAUUGUUCACAGCAAUGCAAGCUUGGGUUUUAAAGUAUCUAAAGGCAUUCCUUUGAUAUUCCAAAUAAACUACUUUGUUAAUAAUAUGCAAGAUUUGAAAAAG